CAGACGGCGACAAACGACAAUUUUAUCCCACACACUUUUCUUUAUUCGGCAAAAUGUCUUCCGUCGAUAUUAAGCCGGCCGGUUGGAAGUUGGUGGAGGUCGGAAGGGUGGUGACCCUGAGAUCAGGACCGUUCGAGGGCAAGCUUGCAACUAUUGUCGAAAUUAUCGACCCUGGCAGAAUCUUGGUCGAUGGUCCUUCAUCGAAAGAAGGCGCAGUUGUACCCCGACAGGCUGUGCCUACCAGCACCGUCUCCCUCACACCCUGGGUCAUCCCCAACCUACCGAAAGCUGCCGGUACGGGUCCGGUGAAGAAGCUUUGGGAGAAGCACGAGGUGGACAAGAAAUGGGCCGAGUCAAGCUGGGCGAAGAAGCGACAGCAACAAGACCGCCGGAAGAACCUGACAGAUUUCGAGCGAUUCAAGGUGCUGAGGUUGAAGAAGCAGGCGCGAUUCGAGGUUUUGAAGGCACAGGCGAAGGUGCGAGCUGCGGCAAAGGCAUAGCUGCAAGCAUGAUACAGGCGUCAAGUCAAAUUUCUCCCACCGUGUCUUCUUGGGAGCAGUGCGCAGUCACACUGUACCGAGGAGCAUGAUCUCCCGAUCAACAGUCACAACCACAUCCUGACUACUUUCUCUCGCGGUCUUCGGUAGCAACUACAUCGGCGUGCUAUUCGAGCGAGCUGUCCUUUGCAGAAACAUGAUACAAUAAAUUCAUGAAAUUGCAGACUUAUGGGUUAUCAAUUGGAAGCUUUUGGUUGGUGAUUUUGCGCGACGCCUAUGUCGACCUGAUUAUGUAUGAGGUGAAUUCUCGCCAAUCCCGCAAGUGCAAAAAUUACUCCCGGUGCGAAACAAAGAUGUCAUCGAGCUCUACUUUCCGGAGUACUGAUCAGACCCCAUGUCGACCGAGAUUUAUUGAUUCACGACCAAUAUGCAGAAAAAUUGGCCCUUCCAUGUG